AUGUCGCCAGUCAGCAUAUCUAGAGGAGCCGGCACCUCCACGCCCAAUGAAUCUUUCACUCAAAUGGCCGACACAGACCUCGAAUCAAUCGGCCGCCACUGCCAAUACGAAUACUGCGGCCAACUGGAUUUCCUCCCCUUCCGCUGUGAAUCAUGCCGCAGCACCUACUGCCUCGACCACCGCAGCGAAACCGCCCACAAAUGUCCCAACGCCGGUGAAUGGGCAAAACGCCGCGCAGGCAACCACCAAGAAAACCGAGCCGCGCCUGAGAAACCCAACAUCUACAACUCAGCUCAGUGCUAUCAUGUCUCGUGUAAAACACUUAUCAACACACUCAAAGACCCCGGCGUGCGCUGUCCAAAUUGUAACCGCCAGUACUGUCUGAAGCACCGUUUGCGCGAGGAACACGACUGCGCCAAGGUUGCCCCGCUCGGCGCGCGGCAGGGCGCUGCGAAUGAGACUAUCAAGUCGAUGUUUGCGCGCGUCAAGAGCUGGGGGAAAGAUAAGCAAGCGGCGGGCGCGAAUCUCAUUCCGAAGCCGAAAGUCAAGCCAAAUAGUCCUGCGGCGCGCAUGGCGAGCGUAAAUGCUAUGAAGCGUUCGGCAAAGGGCGAGGCUAGUGUUCCGGCUGAGAAGAGGCUGUACUUGCAUACAGUUGGCACGGCUGAUACUCAGGCUGCUGAGCCACCGGCGGGUGAUUUCUACUUUGAUAUGAGGUGGAAGGUUGGCCGGGUGUUGGAUGAUGCGGCGCGGAGGUUGCAUGUGGAGAACUUGAAUAAUCGUGUUGGAGGAGAAGAGGCAAAGUUACGCAUUUUCCAUGUCGAGUCUGGGGAUUUUUUGGAGUUCUCGGAGUCAAUUGGGGGUGGGAAGGUCAAGUCGGGAGACACGAUCGUUUUAUUACGAGGCGCUGGACUGGUCUUGGAGAACGCAUGA